AUGCGUCCGGGCAAGCCGUCGUUCAAUCCCACCACGCGGAAGGUGCACGAGAUAGAGGAUGCUAGGGAGAAUAACGACGAGAACUUCCUGGGCGCUGUGGGCGCUGCGGCGGACGUGAUUGGUGAGGCUGUCAAGGCUGCUCAGACGUCGAAGAGUAAGAAUAAUAAGGGCAAAGGUGGGAAGGGCGGGAACGCUGGCGGAGCCGCGGCUGGUGCAGGGGCUGGUGCCGGGGCGUCUGGCGCUGCUGCGCAAGGACUGGGGAUUCCCGCGGUUGACGUACAGGCCGGGAUUAACGGGGGGCUCACUAUUGCCAACACCCCUACUGACGCUAACACCGUUGGACUUGACAUCGAUGGGAACGAUACCGGUUAUGUCGCAACGGUGCAGGUCGGCACUCCCCCGUCCGACUUCCUCAUCCUGAUGGACUCUGGCUCCUCUGACUUCUGGGUUGGUGCAGCCGACUGCCAGACCCUCGCAUCCGAGGGCGGCGGGGCGUGCGCACCGAACCACAAGACGCUCUCUGCAGCCACAUCCUCCACAUUCAAGGAUACCAAGGCGCCGUUCAGCAUUACAUACGGGAGCGGCAGUGUAGCCGGAACGAUCGUAACGGACAACGUUGUGCUCGCUGGGCUCUCCCUUCCCGCGCACACCUUUGGUGUCGCUCACGCCGAGAGCGUGGACUUCUCUGCCUCCUCGAUCGAUUUCGACGGUCUGAUGGGUCUUGCUCAAAGCGGCUUGUCAGAACAGGGCGUGCCUACCCCAGUCGAGUCCCUCGCCGCGGCAGGCCAGAUCCCGGCAGCCAUCACCUCGUUCAAGCUCUCCCGCCUUGCGGACGGGCUCAACGACGGAGAAGUGACUUUCGGCGCUGUCGACCCGGCCAAGUUCCAGGCAAACACGCUCGUCACCCUGCCCAACGUGAACAAGCAAGGCUUCUGGGAGGCCGCGAUGGACGCCGUCUCUGUUAAUGGCGUGUCGGCCGCUUUGGCAGGCCGUACCGCCAUCCUCGACACGGGAACUACGCUCAUCGUCGCUCCCCCUAACGAUGCCGCUGCUGUGCACGCGCUCAUCCCUGGCUCAGCCUCCGAUAGCCAGGGAGGGUUCACCAUCCCAUGCACUACGAACGCCAGUGUUGCGCUCACCUUCGGCGGUACGGCAUUCAACAUCGACACCCGUGACAUACUGUUCGCCCCCGUAGACCCGAAUAACGUCCAGGGCGACUGCGUGAGCGGGAUCAGCUCUGGCGAGAUUGGUGGCGCGAAGGAAUGGCUCGUCGGAGAUGUGUUUUUGAAGAAUGCGUACUUUACUGUGGAUGAGGGGAAGAAUACGGUCGGCUUGGCUAAGCCUGCUUAG